AAAACAUCGUCUCGCAUCACUUCCGCGUCACCUGCUUACCUAUCCUAUCACAUCAAUAUCUGUCCUUACCUAGGUACCUUAGGUAGAAUAGAAAAAUAACACCAGCCUUGUUUUUGUUUUCCCAUUCAAAAACCAUUGACUUUGUCCCCCAUUUUCUUUAUCUAAGAUGCAGUUGCGGAGUUGCCGAAUAACACUUCCUGAAUGGCUACUACAGUCGAUCAUCGUCGUGUAAAUCUGGCUAGAAAUAAUAAUUUGGCUCUUCCCCUUCCCGAAAGCUUCAAAUCCUCCCCUUCCGAUCAUGCCCGCCAUCAUGACGUAUACGGUCUUUCCACCGAAUCUAGUAGUCGAGCUUCCAUUAUGUCUACCGAGGAUAUCCCUAUGGAAUUAUCCCGUACGUUAACAACCGGAUCCGAAGGCUGGUCCGAUUCCGAAGACGACGACGACUCCUCCGUUACAUCUGACACCUCUCACGCCCGCAUCGCUCGCCGACCGCAUUUCCCCCCAGUUCUUCCCUCUGUAAACUCGUCUUCUAGCAUAUCCAAGAGUCUCCCGCAGAAGCUGGCAGCGACCAUCUCUGCCGUUGAAGGGUCCGGUUUAGCUUAUCGCCCGCAAACUCCAAGCAAGUCUCAAUCACCACCUGCUCGCUUCCGACGCGUGAAGUCACCGCCGCUAUCUUCUCAGACUCAAAGAGAGUCGCUUAUUUCUAAUGCCCUCCAAGCCCAGCACCUACCAGAUUCCCACAGCCUACCAAAUCCUCUUCACGUACCCCAAAGCUGGCAGACGCGGCAGACACGGCCAUUACCACAUGGCAUCGACGAGGUCGUAUCGGGACAGAAAGGCGCCGCCGCCGCCAAUACUGAACUCGGGUUCAAACCAUAUGUCUGGAAAAGCUUUGAUAUGGAAAGUGAAGUGAGCGACGAUGAAUAUAACCAGUCCGGAUUAGUCAGCUUCGACGACGAUGAGGAUAGCGGCCAGGACGACGCGUCUAGUCGCGUUUCUCGUAGCUUCCAGCGACUAACUACCCAAUUCUCUAGACUUAGAGACCAGAGAACCAGUCUCCGGGAAAUAUUUAACGGUGUACAGCUAAAACGGACGCAUGUCCAAGAGAUGCGUCACGUUAAAGAUGACGCUACUCUCGCAUUCAUGACUGCUGUACAGGGUCUCCUUCCAGAUAACCCGGGACUAGAUAAGUUCUUUAAGGAUAUGCGAGAUGCCCAACUUAGAUGCCAGGAGGCGGAACAACGCUUUGACGAUAUGCUGGAUGAGCUUCAACACGGCGAGGUUGAGCUGGAGUUGGAAGAGCAAAGAUUCUAUACCGCUGCCGCGGGCAUAGAUAGCACUGCGUCCGACGAUGAAUCCGAUGAUGAUAAUUGUCCUCAGGUUUCAGAGAACCCAAUGUUGCGAGGAAUUACUGGUGAUCGCCCGGUAGAUAUCCAUCCUUUAUUUGAAGAACUUCGGGAGGCAUCUAGAAAUAUCCAGCUAGCCAGGGAACUUUUGGUGAACACCCAAAUGAAGAGAAAAGCCCUGAGUGCAGGGAAGUCUCAUUUGUUGUCCCCUGAUAGUAUUCAACUAUUAGAAAGUUACGGUGAGGCCGGGAAGAAACGAGCCCUCGAACUCAAGCGAUCAGGGGUUAUGUCGCAAGACGACGUAGAGAUGUUACAGGACUACGACAUCUUGGAGCAGAAAGCCCUUUCUGACAUUGAUCACUAUACCAAGGAGACCAUGCGGCUGGAGAAUGAAUGUCGCGAGAAACGGGUCAUGCCCCAAAACACCCCUUUUCAGCAAGAAGGGUUCGGAUUUAAUCCCGUGUAUGCAGACGAGAUUCGCCUAGGAGAUGAUUUAUUUGAUAGACCUCCUAAAGGGCAACCUAAGACCUUAGCUCACCCUGUGUUCCCGAAACUAUUAUCUAACCCUAUAUACCUUCUUGACGAGUUCCCCCAGACAGCUCAGCAGUCACUUCGACAAGCCUUAUCGUUGCCCCCGGGGUUGCCAUCCCGCCAAAUGCACAUCGACAAUGCAGCUCGCGAGGUCAACAUUCACUCACUCCUCAAAGAGGUUGGGGAACAAGAUGGCGACAAAAGGGGAUACAUCAACCGAUGGCUGCUUCACAAACUUCAUUUAUCGUCUAUGGAAGCUGAGCUUCUAUGGUCAACUUUUCAUUCCCGUCUCAAAAUCCUCAACAUUGACAGAUGGCAACAAGAUGUACUUCAUUUGUGGUGGAAAGACCAAGCUGCCAACUUACCACCGGCUCAAUUUGAAGGUGUUUAUGAAGAUCGCAGCUCGGCCUCAAUUAAUCCAAGGUUGGAUUUGCCUUCGAGAUGCUAUUCCGACUCUCACCAGUUAGACCGCAUGAGACUCUGGGAUAUUGAAGAAGCCUGGAGUUAAACUCUGCUGUCUUUUUCCUAUUAUAUUACAUCCUGAUCUUUUUAUAUACAUACCUAGCCAUUAAUGGUUAUUUCUGGCUCCGUUUGCUUGGUUGUUUCAAGGAUAGAUCAGGCCGGAUCUUGGUUUCGUGGAACACAGAAAGGCGGCGAACCGCGUCAGGAAAGAUUGAUUUACGGACUCAUAUACCCCAUUUGCGAUUUUAUAUCAUCAUGGAGUUAAGUCAUCGGAUGGGAAUGGUUGAGGCUGGAUUACUGUUUUGUGUCUAUCAAUUCUACCUACCAAGUUUGCGGGAGGAAUUCAGUUGUACAACUUCGAGGGCGUUCGAUUAUACCCCAAUGCUCAUUGGUCCAGAACAUUAUUACUCCAUGCAAGAUACCUAAUCACCACGAAACUUAUCAUCGACCUUGCGUGUCGACAUUUAAAGAUUUACAAUACUAAAAUUAUCUACCUUCUUCCCAAAA